CCCAAAAUAACGAAAAUAACGAAAGAAAUUUUCAUUUCCGUGCACCCCCGAUUAGUACUAAACCCCCCAAUUUAAUCAGCAGUUAUCAGCUGAGCUGUUAUCGUUGAGAUCAGAGCUUUGAGAGCAAUGGAUGUUCUCCCGACGACGUCGUUCUCGAAAGCAGAUAGAAAAUCCAGAUCAUCAGCGAAAUCAUCGGUAAACUCCUCAUCGAAGCCUUCUCUGUUCUUAGCAUUCUUCUCUUGCUUCGCUUGGAUCUAUAUCGCUGGACGGUUGUGGCAAGAUGCCGAAAACAGGAAAUUGCUGGCGAACCUCCUGCAGAAGAAUUCUAAUCAGAGGCCAAAGUAUCUUACUGUUGAAGAUAAGCUUACAGUCUUUGGAUGCAGGGAUUUGCAGAGGAGAAUUGUGGAAGCUGAGAUGGAAUUAACUUUGGUGAAAAGCCAAGGUUACCUCCAGUUGCAGCAAAGUGGGUCCACGUCAGGCAAAAGGCUUCUUGCUGUUAUUGGUGUGUAUACUGGAUUUGGAAGUCGAUUGAGGCGAAACGUGUUUAGAGGUUCUUGGAUGCCAAAAGGUGAUGCUUUAAAGAAACUUGAAGAAAGGGGAGUGGUCAUACGUUUUGUCAUUGGUCGAAGUGCCAAUCGAGGUGAUAGCUUGGACCGCAAUAUAGACAAGGAAAAUCGUACUACAAAUGAUUUUUUAAUUAUGGAUGGGCACGAGGAAGCAGAAGAAGAACUUCCUAAGAAAGCAAAGUUCUUCUUCAGUACGGCUGUUCAAAAGUGGGAUGCUGAUUUUUAUGUAAAAGUUGAUGACAACAUUGACAUUGAUCUUGAUGCACUUGUUGAACUUCUUGAGAGCCGACGUAGUCAAGAUAAUGCUUACAUUGGAUGCAUGAAAUCGGGAGAAGUUGUUGCUGAAGAGGGAAGGCCAUGGUAUGAGCCUGAUUGGUGGAAGUUUGGGGAUGAGAAAUCGUACUUUCGACAUGCUAGUGGCUCACUUUUCAUUCUAUCCAAAAAGUUUGCUCAGUAUAUCAAUAUAAACAGUGCAUCUUUGAAGACCUAUGCAUAUGAUGAUACAUCAGUUGGUUCAUGGAUGAUGGGUCUCCAAGCAACAUAUAUCGAUGAUAGUCGGCUCUGCUGUAGUAAUGCAAGACAAGACAAGGUCUGUUCUUCAGCUUAGAUAAAGCAGAUAGACUUGAAAACUCCCUGUCCAUUAGUACAUAUGAUUUUUGUGGGUUGAAGAGAAUUUUGCAUGGAUUUCGAUGCUUGGGACUGAUUUUCCAGCUACUAUACUAUACAAAGCAGCCGGCAUAGAAAAGAUUAGCCCAUAGGUAUCCUCCUGCAAAAGUAUAUUUUACCGACUUUCUAGUUAGUCAAUACCAGAUGAGGUUUUACUUCUGUUAUAGGGUUUGAUUGAACUGAUUCACAUUAUCCAUUUAUCUAGUUAAUGAACUAUAUGCAUUGCAGCAUAAGCCAUCCUUCAAGAAGUUAACGAGCUACAUGCAUCGUGGCAUACUGUUUUAUUCA